CCCAGUGGAGAAGGCGGGGUUUGUCGGUAUGCGAGUGGGGAAAAAAAACACCAGCACCGAGCCGCUGGCCUCGUCGAGCGCGCUGCAUUGUGGGGAGUCAUUGGUCCUCCAGCGUACAGUCUCCAACCCAUCCAUCGUAAAAAUGGCUGCCUCGGCGGCAGCGGCGGGUUCUUCCCCCGGGUUGUGCCCAAGCUUCGCCGUGAUCUGCUCUUUUUUAGAGCGUUAUGGAGCCCUCUUGGAUCUGCCAGAGCUUACAUUCCCGCAGCUGGAGCGGUAUCUGCAGGAAACGUCCACAGUUCCUAAGCUGCUGGUAGACCUCCAUGUGAAGUUGCUUCGGAAAAUAGGCAAGUCCGUUUCUGCAGACAGAUGGGAGAAAUAUCUUGUAAAGAUUUGCCAGGAUUUCAACACCACUUGGGCAUGGGAACUGGAGAAGAAGGGAUAUCUUGAGAUGACUGUGGAGUGUAAGACUGGAAUCCUUAAGUACUUGUGUGAAUGCCAGUUUGAUGACAAUGUCAAGUUCAAAACAGCCAUCAAUGAAGAAGACCCUGAUAAAAUGCGCCUCCAGCCAAUCGGCAGAGACAAAGAUGGCCUCAUGUACUGGUUCCAGCUUGACCAGGAUCACAACGUGAGGGUGUACGUGGAGGAGCAGGAUGAUUUAGAUGGCUCAUCCUGGAAAUGUAUUGUUAGAAACAGAAAUGAUCUGGCACAGAUCCUUGAACUCCUGAAGACCCAGAUUGAUCCCGCUCUACUGGUCAAAAAGGAUCAGGAGGAAGGUUCAUCGAGUAACAGCCCAAACCCUGAGACUGAAGAAAACAAGAAGAAGGAGGAGGAUGGAGAGGUUAAAAAAGACAAAGGUCUGGAUGAAGAAAAAUCUCCCAAAACUGAGAAAGAUGACUCUGAAAAAGAUAACACCGUAGCGCAAACUGAUAGCGUAAAGCAGGAAGUUGCAGAGGGAAAAGAAGCACUAACGGACAAAGACACUAAAGAUGUAAAAUCUGACAAGCCCAUUGUAGUUGAGGAAACUGUUACCAAAGCAGGGAAAGAGGAGCCCAUGGAAGAAGAUGAAGUGAUCAACAACACAUCAGAGUCAACAUCAGAAAAGACUGGUGCACCCCUGCCUUCAGAACACAUAGGGGAGGUGAAGAAGAAAUCAGACGAGAUACAGAAAGCUCUGAAAAAUGACCAACAGGCUAAAAUCCCCCUCAAAAAGCGUGAGAUGAAACGAAGUGAGGAUUUUGCUACCAACAAUUGUGGAAGCGGUGGCAGCAGUAUCAUCGUGCGUAACCCAACAGUUAAGGAAGUGCGGCCCGCCAGCGAGGAAAACGGAUUGAGCAGUGAGAAUCUCAACGGGAACGUCUCGCCUGAUGUAGCAGCAGAGGGUGACGGCCAAGCGAGGGACAGCUUGCAGAUAAAGCAAACAGAACCGCAAGUUAAGGAUCAGCAAGCUGAUGCUGAAGUCAAGGAAACAACAAAACAGCUUUCUGAAACCAAAAAAGAAGGGGGACAUGAAGAAAAGCAGGAGAAAGCAGAUGCAACGACCAGUAAGAGCCAGACUAGCAUGGAGGAAUCCAUGGAAGUGGAGGAACCUGCAGUUUCAAAGGGGGAUCAAGAAACAUCACCAAAGCGAGAAAAGACAGCUGAAAAGUCAUCUGAAGUGAUCCCCUUGCAAGCAGAUUCGGAAAAGCCUGGUGAGCCGGAGACAAUGGAAAUUGCGGAAGACUGUUCAAAACCUCUAGACAAGGAAGCAUCUGAGAAUACUGGUGUGAAGAAACCUGUGGACCAAGCUGAGAAUGAAAAGGCACGAGAGACCUUAAAAGAAAGGCCAUGUCCUAAUGAGAGAGAUAUGGAUCAGAAGCGAGAAGAAAUAAAACUCGGCGAUACAGCCUCGAAUGAGAAAGCAGAUGCUGCAAAAGAUGACAAAACACAGAUGGGGACUGAGGCCCCCAUGGAGACUGAAAUAUCUACAUCACAAGACUCUACAAAACAGCAAAGCGAUGCUCAUGAACAGAGCAGACUAGCUGUCCAAAAAGCAGACAAGCCUUGUACAUCUGAAGAAACCAAAAGGCCUGAAGAUGAAGCUUCUUCUACAACUCUAGAGGACUGUGCCUUAUUGGAUGGUGAUAAAAAACCUGAAUCAGGUUCCACAAAGCAGAGCGAAACACAGGAACUACCUAAAGAGGAUACAAUCCCAGUAAAGGAAAAGGAAGAAUCCGAACCUUUGAAAGAAGAAAAGAAAUUGCCUGAAGAUUCAAAUGUAUCCAAGGAGAAGGAAAAUCCAUCCUUGCCAAAAGAAAACAAAAAGAAUGAAGACUGUGAAAAGUCAGCUGUGUGUGAAGAGACAAUUACUGAAACUGCAGCCAAAGAAUCUUUAAAAUCAGAGCAUGACAGGAUGUCGGAUAAUACCGCCAUGCCAGAUACAGAAGGAACUGAUUCAGUUGCUACCCAGAAAGAAUCAGAAGCAGAUCAGGAGAAACAGAAUGCCGUGAAAAAGACAGAGGAAGCUCCUUCUCCUGCAGGAUCCAAAACGGAGGACAUAGUAAAGGAAGAGACGCCACUGGAAGUUACUUCAGCAGACACCAAGGAUAACGACGCAAACACAGAUAACACGGAGGGAAAAGAACAGAACGUGGUGGAGAAAAAAGAGCCUUCUGAAGCCACGUCAAAGGUUUGCGAUGUUGAACCUCCAAAGGAAGAUUGCAGUGAGAAGGGCAUGCAGGAGGAGCAUCCUGUGGAGGAGAGUAAGGCUUCUACAGAGGAAUCUAGCGUGGACCAGAAAGAACACGGUGAACAGAAAAGUACUUCCGAGAAGGAGGCGAGCCUCAGUGGCGAACCCACAGAAGACCAGACUCGAGCAAAGGAAGAGGAGAAGACUAAGACCAGUAAAGCAGAAGCAGAAGAUGGCAAAGUGGUGCCUGAAAUACCCAAACAAGGAAUCCGUCUGAAAAUCAAGGUCCCCGCUCACAGGCGGAGGGCAGAGCUGCAGCGAGAAGAGGGAAAGGGCGACUCUGAGUCUGAGGCAAGUGAAGGGAGAUGUCUAAGGCGCUCACCCAGGAUUUGCAGACCAACAGCCAAGCUGGCAGAAAUCCAAGACCGGAAGGUGGAGAAGAAACAAGUCACGCCUUUGGUUGAGAAGGAGAAGGAGGAAAAUGAAGAAAAGGAAGUAGAAGAAAACGCAGUACAAAAAAAGCCAAGAGAGAAGAAGGUUGAGCAAGAAGGUCAAGCUAAACCUAAGGGAAGACGCCAGAGGCGGAUGCGAUGGUCCCGGGUGCGAUCACGGCGCAAAAAGAAAGACUCGGAGGAAGAUUACGAUGAGGACGAGGGCGACGAGAGUUCAAGUGAAGAAGAGGAGACCGAGGAAGAUGACAGUGAUGAGGAUUACCAGGUGGAGAAAAAAAAGAGAAGGAGGAACCGCAACAAAGAGAGGAACAGUUCUGAUACUUCUACCUCGUCUUCAGAUGAUCUCCCACCAAAUGAUGACCCCUGCAAACACUGUGGCCUGCCCAACCAUCCCGAGCUGAUUCUGCUGUGCGACUCAUGCGACAGCGGCUAUCACACAGCGUGUCUCCGGCCUCCUCUCAUGAUCAUCCCUGAUGGUGAAUGGUUCUGUCCGCCAUGCCAGCAUAAACUGCUUUGUGACAAGCUGGAAGAACAAUUACAGAAUCUAGACGUGGCACUUAAAAAGAAGGAACGUGCCGAGCGAAGGAAAGAGCGCCUGGUCUACGUUGGGAUCAGCGUUGAGAAUAUAAUCACACCUUCUGUUGAACCAGAGGAAGAAAAACAAGAAGAGGUGGUGAAAGAGAAGAAGGAGGUCAAGAAAAACAAGUCCUGGGGCCGAAGAUCAACCAGGGCCAAGAAAUAUAUAAGCUACAGGUUCGACGAGUUUGAUGAAGCUAUCGAGGAGGCGAUUGAAGAAGAUAUCAAAGAGGCAGAGGGAGGAGGAGCAGGCCGUGGUAAGGACAUGGCAAAUAUCACAGGCCACCGAGGGAAGGACAUGUCCGCCAUUUUGCAGGAGGAAGGGAAAGAAAAUGGGCGGCCCAAACGUUCAAAUGCUGGACAGCGGAGGAAAAAACGGCGACGCCUCAACGACCUGGACAGCGACAGCACCGUGGAUGAAGAGGAGAGUGAGGAAGAGUUCCGCCUAAGUGACAGCAGUGAGGAGGAGGAGUUUGUGGCAUCUGAUAACGAUGUGGACAGUGAGGGAGAGGCACAGUCCUUAGAUGACAGCGAUUUCGGCAGCGAUGGCCAAGGACCGAAUACAGGCAGCGUUCCAUCCAGACGGAGGCCGACUAAACGGAGGAAUACGCGACCCCGCAGGCGACGCAGACCCAGAGGAUACUCGGAUGAUGAAGAGCUGGAGGAGACUGAUGAAGAGGACGAGGAAGAAGAAAUGGUGACUGAGGGUUCCAGUGAAUUUAGUGACAGUGACCUAGACAUGCGCAGACGCCGUUCCCACCGGAGCAAGAAAAAGCAGGUCAACUACUGCGAGGCGUCCGACUCUGAUGCCUCUCAGGGAAGCCGCAACAAAGACAAGGCUAAGAAGCGCAGGCGCUUAUCCAGCUCAGAGAGCGAUGCGAGCUUUCACUCCAUGGACUCUGAUGAGGAAGAUGGAAAAAGUAAAAAGCAGAGAGUAGUCCUGUCGGAAGAGGAGUCUCGCAAACGGCGCAGGCGUCUGUCACUGAAGCGCAGGAGGGAAUCUGAAGAUGACGACGACAACAGCAGCGAUUCAGAUGAUUCGGAGGAAGAGGAGCGGCCUGUCCGCAAGCGGGUAAACCGCAUUGACUCUGAUGACAGUGAUGAGGAGGAGGCAGAGAAGGAGAAGGAGAAGAAGAGCACAGAGAAAGAGGCAGAGGACACCGUAGCAAAAGGGGUCAGCCCUCUAGACUAUAACCUGGAACUUCCACCUACAAACGGACAAAGCCCCAUGAAAACUCUAGAGGGUUUGAUCUCACGGCCUGCCACUGGCAUGGCUAACCCUGCUCUCAUGAGUCAAAUAGGGCUGAAAAACAGCAGCGCACCACAGCCCGUGUCUGUUGGUGCCAAUGGCCUGGUUGCCCAGGAGAUGGCGCCGCAGGAUGAAGAUGAGGAUGACCUUUUGGGGGUCACAGACCUUGUAGACUAUGUCUGCAACAGUGAACAGUUGUAAGACAUGGCAUUUUAUUAUUAAACAUUUUUUCAGAGUAAUUUUGUCUCUCCAUUUGUGGCCAAGCUCCAUUACAUUUCUCAGUAAUAUCCUUUUAUUGUUUUUGCUUUCGUCUCAUUGCCAUGCACCAUGCAGGGGUCCUCAUACUCCUUACAUCACGCUCAGUGUUCUGCAAGAAACAGUGAUGAUCCUGGGAAUCUAGCGAGCAGGGUACCGGAGUCUUCAGGCUCCAUUUUGCUUGCUACUUCAACCCGUUUGAGCUACCGCAUGAAGGUCAUCAAAUUGGCCUUCGUGUAAUCGCAGGUGGAUAAAAGCACCUAAACACAGGAUGUAAAUAAAUUCACCAAACUGAGUUGUCAUCAGUGGGCCCAUCAUUAAAAGAUUCCGGAAAACGGUUUUAUUUUUUUAACCUUUGUGUAAUAAUAUACCAAGCAUCUGCAAAACGUAGAACCUUUCAAGUGUCUAUCUUACACUAAUGUAGCCAUUCCUUCUCAGUAAAUCAGUAUCAUUGACAUAUUCUUUUAUUGCUUUGUUGUCAAAGUACCCAUGUGCUAUUGUUCUACACUGUUAUGGAUUUUUUUCGGGAGGGGGGGGGAGGUUGGGAAAUCGGAUGUUAAAACGGAUAAAAGCAUAAAGGAGCCGUCAAGUAAUGCAUCCGAACCAAGGUCUAGACAUGGUUACCAGCUUUUCUUAAAACCAUAUCUCUGACUGUUAAGAAAUACAUCUACUAUAUGCCCUAUACUUUACUAUUACUACUACUAUAACACCACCUUUUUUUUUUCUUUCUUUCUUUCUUUUAAACAUAACGCAUUGGUCAAAUCGGCAUCUGGUUUGAAGCUGGUUGCAUUUGUUUAAGGAACACAUUUUAUCUGAUUAAAAGCCGAAGCUUGGUUUUGUUAUAUUAUUUAUUCUUUGAAAUUGUUAUUUAACUAAUUGCAGUUCAAUCAUCUAUGGAUUCAUGAGGGCAUCAAGUGAGCAUUCUUGGAAUUUCACAAUAUGAAAAACAUUUUUGAUGAAUUUGGAUGUGGGUCUUUGCUAAAAAAAAAAAUAA